AUGAAUUACUUCAAGUCUUUGAAAAAUUAAUGUAAUACAAAAUAAAAAGCAGAAAAAGAAGAACCUUCUCAAUUAUUGAUACUUUGCAUGAAUUGUUAAGAGUAUAUAAGAUUUGAUUUAACAAAUAAACAUGCUUUAGUUUGCACACAAGUUACUAAGAACAUCGAUCAUAUUGAUAAAACAUAUUCUUUUUUAGAAGAGAAUCACUUUAAGUUACAAAAAAUUAGAUUAAGUUUGAUGGAAAAAAAAAAUAAUAUAUUAGCGCUUAGACUCAUUAGAAUAAUAGAACUAGUAACUCAAAUUUCGACAGUUGGCAAAGUAGAAAUAUCUUGUUGUUAAACUUAUUUAACUGAGAUUAACUAAUUAAAAUACAUUCCAAAAUCUUCAUUAAAUCUAAGUUUAUAUAUAGAAAGAAUUCAAGUACUUAUUGAAUAAAAAAUAAAAAUAUUGAAAGAUAAUUUAAAUAUCUAAGAUGAUUAAGAAAAUUAGAAUUAAAAUAGUUCUGAGAGUAAAUUAAAAAAUUAAAUAACCUAAGAGAGUCAAUCAAAUAAAAAUAGUAAUAAAGUAUAUUGUAUGAGUGCUGAUUAACCAGAUAUACCUAGUGUAACAAAGGAACAAUUGCUUGAUCAAAUAAAUAAAAAGAUUUAAGAGUGUAAUACUUUAAAGAUGGAAUAGCAACAUUAUAAUAAUCUUAUAAAUCAAAAUUUUUAAAAUAAUAAAAAUCCUAAAUGGAUGAAUAUUGAUGAAGCCCAAGUAUUUUUUCCUCGAUAACAUUAAAAAAACGCUGUUAUCUAAUAGGUUCCAAUGAAAUUAAAUGCGAAAAGUGAAAUACUUACAAAUAUAUCAACAAAUGAUUUUGGUUUUUUAGAAGAGUAAACACGAAAAUGUGAAUCUAAUAAUUAAAGAUUAUUUUAUUCAAAGCUAUUAAAACUAAAAUUAUAGAGUUCUAAAAAAUCAUAAGCUUAAUAAUUAUCUGCUGUAAUAUUGUGGGAUGAAGCAUAAAAAUAGAAGUUAAGAUAAGAAGAUUUUGAUAAGUUUUUAAAAGCAGCUAUAGAUAAUCCAAAUAAAUAUAUAAAUAACUAAUUUUGA